AAAUUCCUUAUCCGAAAAGGCAAAGGAGGAGAGUGAGUGAGAGAUAGAAGGAGGAGACACGAAGCUCUGCAAAAAUGGCGAUAACACCUCUACGCAUCACGACCCCUUUCCCAUCUCAACCCUUUCUCCCAACCAGAAAGCUCUUCACCGUCGUCCGCGCCACCGACGUCGAAUCAACGGAAGAGACUCAACCCGACUCAACCCCAACCGAAGACUCCUCCUCCUCCGAGGAGUUCGAGUCCCGUCUCUCGAACAUCCGGCUCAGGUACCGAAGCGGGACGGGGAAGAAAGCAGAGGUGAGGAAAUCGAAGAAAGGGUCCUCGUCGUCCUCAUCAUCAGCCGGUUCGAAAAGCUCGGGACUUUACUUGCCGCCGGUGAGUCUGAAGGAGCCGGUCUCGGGCGGGUUGAAGGUGGAGUUGGGGUUUAGCCCUUACACGGAGCGGCUUAACGGGAGGAUGGCGGGGCUAGGGCUCGCGGCGUUGCUUCUGGUGGAGCUGGCGACGGGGAAGAGCGUGUUGAAUUACCACACGCCGUCUGUGGUGUGGCUUCAGAUCUAUUUCUUGGCGGCUGUUUCUGCUAUGUUUGUUAAGAUUGAGAAGGAGAAGGUUAGUGUUUGGCCUAAGGAUUAAUAAAGGUCUUGAGAUAGUGCAUCAUCGGAUGUGAAAUGCUUUCUUUUGUGGAUUGAAAGGUGUAUGCUUUUGUAACGUUUGAAGUAAUGUAAUGUAAUUUAUACUUGCAUAAUUUCAAGAUUGUGGAUACAAAUAUAUUUAAAGGAUCUCACUUUGGAGUGUGAGUUUGUUCUU